AUGAUUUAAUUAAGACCUUAAUUGAAUAUUCUGAACGAAAGACCAUCGAAGUAUUAAAGUAAAGCUGAAUGGACUUGUAUUUAUAAGACUUGAUCACCCAAAGUCCACAUAUAACCUAACACCUAAGUUUGAAGAAACAACUCUAUAUAUUCCUCUUCUUCUCUUUCUCCUCUUCUACAAUGGAUGAUCAUCAUGUUGAGCAGAAGAACACAUAUUUUGAAGAAGUAUCAUUCACAAGCUUAAGUGAUUGCUUACAAAGCUCAUUAGUAAUGGAUUAUAAUGAAUUCCCACCUUAUAGUUCCCCUUUUCAACCGGUUUCACCGUCCGAUAUGGGCCAUAUAGUAAACAAUCCUUACUUAAAUCUCAAUUCGAAUUCUCCAGUGGUCUCAUCUUCCUCCAAUGAAGCCGAGCUUAAAGAGAACCCUGACGAUAAGAGUGACCGAAUGGAGGAUAACGAAGACAACCAACAUGGUGUUGGUAAAAGCUCCAAGCAAUCGACAAAACAAGGUAAAAAGAAAGGAGAGAAGAAAGAGAGAGAAGCUAGGGUCGCAUUUAUGACCAAAAGCGAGAUUGAUCAUCUUGAAGAUGGUUAUAGAUGGAGAAAAUAUGGACAAAAAGCCGUCAAGAACAGUCCUUAUCCAAGGAGUUACUAUAGGUGCACAACACAGAAGUGUAACGUGAAGAAACGUGUAGAGAGAUCGUUUCAAGAUCCGUCGAUCGUAAUUACAACCUACGAAGGAAAACACAACCAUCCGAUCCCGUCGACGUUGAGAGGAACCGUGGCCGCUGAACAUCUACUAGGCCACCAUGGUGGUGGAGGCGGUUUCCUCCAUAGCUUCCCUCGUCACCAUCAAGAGUUUCUCAUGAUGAAACAUCCUCUGGCCAAUUAUCAAUCGGUGGGAUCUAUGUCGCACGAACAUGGUCAUGGGACCUCUAGUUACAAUUUUAAUAAUAAUCAACCAGUUGUUGACUAUGGCCUUCUUCAGGACAUUCUUCCUUCAAUGUUCUCCAAGCACGAAUCUUGAGAGAGGGUACGUUACGUAUGUACUAUGGAUCGUAUCUUUAUGGUUGCAUUAUAUAAGCAUAAAUCAUUUGGUACUAUAUGUAUGUAAGUAGAUUCUUAGGAAUGUAUUUAUUAAUAAUAUCUAUACAUGCAUGUUAAUUUAUAUAUUUCUUCACUGACAAACUACUACUAAUUAUUUGUAAUCUUGAUCCUUAAUUAAAAGAGUUUUUUUUUUUGGUAAAAUUAAUUAAUUAAAAGAGUUAAAUUAGAGUAUUUAACAUUUUGGCCUCUUCGAAAUUUGAGUAUUUUGUAUAAUUGGGUACAUAUGAUGACAUGAUGUGGCUAUUACAUAUGCUAACUAUCAAACCUUAUUAACCGGAAGUGGUGGGGUAGUGGUUCUAGUCUGGUGGA